AUGUAUCCGGAUUCGUCGGCCAUUAUUGAACCAGAAGGCGGGUUUCUGAAAGCGGAUUUGGCUUUGCAAACAUUCCAGAAAGAAUUUGUAAAACUUGGCGGUCUUCUUCUGGACGAGACUCAGCUCCUGUCGAUCGAACCAGGCGAGAUUAUCACCUUACACACAAACAGGGGAGCCUAUGUUGCCCGAAAUGUCAUCUUGUGUCUCGGGCCUUGGGCCGGAGAUUUCCUCAGCCGGAUGGGCAUUCAGCUUCCUUUAAAACCAAUCAGAACCACCGUUGGUUACUACAAAGAGAAACUUCCCUCUCAAUAUGGAUUAGGUCGAUUUCUUCCUUUUCUCUACGACACGGAAUCAACCCAUUUUUAUGGAAUCCCUUCAAACGAAUAUCCCGGAUUAGUGAAGGUGGCGCUGCACAAUGGACCCGAUAUCGAACCUGACAAGCGAGACCAAGUCGAAGCUGACUGGGUGAUGAGAACGUGCAACCAGUUUGUGAGAGAUGUUUUCCCCGGUUUAGAACCCGUUCCAACCAUAGUUUGCCUAUCUAUCUAUCUAUCUAUCUAUCUAUCUAUCUAUCUAUCUAUCUAUCUAGUUAAACCUACAGAGCCAGACAAACUUACAAAUAUUUCUAUUAAUAAUAUCUAUCUAUCUAUCUAUCUAUCUAUCUAUAUUUUUUAUGUUUUUCAUGAAUACUUUAGUUUUCCGAGGUAA